GUUUACAUUAAAAACUGAUGGUGAGUGCGUAUACUGCAAUGAAUAUUAAUUGCGUACAUCAUAUCACGGUUGUACCAUUUGAGUCGGGAGCAUCAUAAAUGAUGAUUGUGAAGUCAGAGGUGAUCUGUGAUCCGGUCUGAGGAGGAUUUGGCCUGUCCUAGAGGUCAGAGCUUGAGGUCUUCUGGAGGACACUUUCUGCUGGACAAAGUCCUCAUCUAUUCCUUUAGAGAGUCUGAUUAGACCACGUGAGAGGCGGGUUUAACCCGGGUCUGAUACAGGAAUAGAGCUGUAGGUGGAGUCCUGGAGGACUGGAAGGGCCCCAGAGACUCCAGCGUGUGAUUAUGGCUAAUACCUGCUUAAAUAACCCUGAGCUGUGAGCUAAUGUUGUGGAGGACGCCUGAGAAAGAGGACAAUACUGCUGAGCUUCGUAUUUCAUGUCAGCUUGAGUCCAGGAUGAAUUUCUCAGCGCAGUUUUUUGCUAACUUUGUGAAUGACGGCUUGCAGGGGCAGGAGACGCGGAGGAGCUUUAAUGACAGCGAGGAAUAUGAUCCCUUCUGGCAGAGGUGGGAAACCGUAGCGUGCACAUCUGAAACCCUUAGAGAGUCUUCCCAGUGUCCUCCUGAGUCUGAGAGACGUGAUGUGCCUGGUGUGGAGUUUCACCAGCAUGUAGCGGUUCCUCUGUGUUCUCCUUCCCAUCCUGUGUUCCUCCAUCCACUGAUUCACACUCACCUGCCCGUAAAACCCUUGAGAUGCACAAACCUGGACCAGAACUCACACGGAGACACCAGGCUUCAUCUCCAUCACACAUGGACAAACCCUCGGCAGAUCCCACUCCUCAUCCCGCUCCCAGAAAACCUAGCAGGCCUCAAGCUGGAGCUGCAGAGGGCUGAUGCUCCUCAACCCGCUUCCAAAGCUCCUGUAGACCCAGCAGAACCGUCCUCAUCCGUAGCUCUGCCUGCGUUCCCACAGCUCACAGAGAACGCCACUCUCCUGUCGCUCCUCCAAGCUUUAGUCUGCAUCCUCCUCAGACUCUUCCUCACCUUCAUCCUCCUCUUCCUGCCACGUGCGGAGCAGCGCAGAGGUUCCUCCAAACCCGACUGCUCCUUCCACAGCGGCCCGUGCGCUAAAGACAGCCGGAUCGGGAAUGGUCGAGUGGGUUGCCGCUCCACGCUCAUCUGUCCAGAACGCCUGAAGGACUUCGGAGCCGAGGAGUACCUCAAUGAAGACAUGAAGGUCUUCGAGACCAGCGUUUCAGAACCGCCGGAGGUCCAGUUAAUGUCCACACCCAAACCGGCCGUGAAGAAGAGCGGAGAGAGCAAGACAGCAGCCCUGAACAUCUGCGCUUUGAGGACAUCAGCGCAGCAGCCUUCAAACUCCAGCAGGCCGGGAUUCAGAAAGCACCCUUGCUCCAGACUGUCCUAACAGCACGGCAUGGAGAUCUUCCUGAAGAAAGAGCUUCUGCAUUACACGGGUUCAGUGAAGGAGAGAGGAGCGCUGAACCUGCUGUCCUCUCUCAAACAGGAUCAGCAGAGGAAGGG